AUGCAAUCCACGAGAAGCGACGAUAGACCAGAUCACCGACCUCUCCACAAGCCAAUCUCCCUGGUGCACGGCAGCCUGGAAACGCCCGGCACAAGUAUCCUCUCCUACUACGAAACAUACUUCCAGGCCCAGAUGCCUUCGGGUAAAGGCUGCUUGGUACCAGAGACAUACCGCGACGCCGCGUCAGGAGGCCAACUGCAAGCUUACUCGUGGCCGCGCACAAGCUCAAAGAUUGACCUUGAUGUAAGAUUCACGGUCGUCCACUAUCAGCCCGAAGCCGAGGCGGACAGUCGAAGCACCCUGAUCUGGUCGGUGCAUCACGCGCUGAUCGAUGGCUGGUCUGCAGCACUUGUUUUGAAGAAGGUGAUCCAGGCCGCUGGAGGGAAAACUGUCCAGCCUGGGCCGCCUUUCUCCAAUGUUGCUGCGGCAUUAGAUCAGUGGAGAUGCACUCACAGAGCGGAGCAAGAUGCCUUCUGGGCCGAGCAGCAACCCAAAUUGUCCGAAGGGAAGGAAGAGUUUCUAUUCCCGGUUGCAGGGACGGGCGACGACGGAGAAUGCCAGCAAGAAGAAAACCUCGUCACCCUGGGCCACUAUUACACAUCUCUCAAAGGCGCAGCCGGAGCGUGCGGCGUAACCUUAACCGCAUUCUCUACGCUGCGUGGGCGCUGUGUCUGGGGCUUCAAUCUUGUCUGGGAUAUGAAUGUUCGGGACUUCGUCCGCGGCGUCUUCAACCGCAUGCAGCGUCUCGCUCAAUGCUCAUGGACCACGCCGGAAAAUGGCUUCCCGAGAGUACGGGGACAGCUACUUGCAAUUCAGCCAGACGCUCGAUGGCCAGCUGAUCAGAAUGAAUUCGUCGUUGGCAUAUCUUUCGCAAGGCAAAGCACGAAUGUUCUGCUUAGUAUGGUCGUCACAGACAUUGGCAACAUCCUGCUGCAAUAUUUCCGCAAGCGGUAUAGACACUGUGAUUUAGAGGGUGUGGGGAGGACGCUCAAACAGGUGCUAAUAUAUCUCUGCCAACCGGACAGCACACAGCAUCACUGCUGCGCGCACAGAGGCUACUAG